AUGGCGAUAUUGAUCAAGGACCCCGGCGAAAAGUCGCUCGACACGCUCCUCGCCACCCUCACCACCGUCCUCCACCCCGACACCUUUGUCUUUGCCACCGUGGACCAGGCCGGCGGCGCGCGCCUCCCCCUCCCCGCGCUCGCCGACCUGCAGCUCCUCUUCCGCGAGCAGGAAGCCGUCACCGUCGUCGUCACGCAGCGCUACGCCGAGGCCCACCAGAUGGCCUACCUCUUCCCCAGCCGCAUGAUUACGCUCAACGUCACGUCGAGCCUCGACGCCGUCGGCUUCAUGGCCGUCAUCGCGACGCGGCUGGCCAGCAGCUGCGGCAUGGGCGUCAACCCCGUCAGCGGCUUCUACCACGAUCACCUGUUUGUGCCGGUGGGACGCGAGGCGGACGCGGUGGCCGAGUUGCAGAGGCUGGCAGAGGAAAAGAGGCGCGAGUUGGCGGCGUAG